AAGUCACGGGGUCGGGGUCUGGGCCGGUGCCGGGAGGUGUGCCGAGCGGGGUGCCCCUGGCUGGGGAUGCGACUGGGGGUGCUUUCCCCCAGCCUGCCCCGCUUCUCUCCGCAGCCCCCUCACAGGCCCUGCCGCCCUCCCCGAGCUGACCCUGCUCUCACUCCCCCACUUCCCCAGCUGCUUGCGGAGGAACCGGCUGCUUCCCUGCCCACGGCACUGCGGCAGCUGGGCGCUUCUCCUGGGGGGGCUCUGCCUGCCAUGGAGCAUCUGGUGCUGGGCUUGGUGCUGCUGUCCGGGACCCUGGCUGCUACCAGCCCCCGGCACCAGCGAGACCUCGACCCUGUCAAGAAGGUGGCACUGGACAUGGCCCCCAGCUCCUUCGAUGACCAGUACCAGGGCUGCAGCCGCAUGAUGGAGAAGGAGCUGGAGGAGCUCAACCGCACCGAGUUCACAAACAACAGAGUCUACAAGGAGGCCUGGAGCCAAGCCACUGCUGAAUGGCGGAGACGGUGGGGCCGCGUCCCCCAGCGGCAGGCAGUGCGGCCGGACCAGCAGGUCGCCCUGCUGGCAUACACCCUGCAGGGCCCCUUGCACCGGGAGUUCAACGCAGCCGUGCGUGUGGCCGGGCGCUCCCGCGAGGAAUACCUGAACACCUUCCAUUUCAAGGUGCUGCAUUUCCUCCUGAGCGAGGCCCUGCGUAUCCUGCGGGACACCAGGCCCCAAAAAUGCCACAACGUCUACCGGGGUGUAGACAUCCGCUUCACUGCCCGGCAGCGCCAAUCCAUCCGCUUCGGACAGUUCACCUCCACCUCCCUACGGAACGACAGCACCCAGCACUUCGGUCAGGACACCUUCUUCUCGGUGGAGACCUGCUAUGGUGUCCUCAUCAGGAACUUCUCCUUCUUCCCCAUGGAGGAGGAGGUCCUCAUCCCGCCUUUUGAGAUCUUCGAGGUCACCAAUGUUGCCCGCAACGGGGACAGAGCCUUCAUCCAGCUCCGCUCCCAGGGCGCAAGCAGCACCUACAACUGCGAAGAAGAGAUGCAAGAACCAGACGUGCGUCUUCAGCGCAGGCAGGAGCGUCCAGGGGGACCCCCCCCGCCUCUGGGGGUUCCUCCUGGCAGCCGCGGCCCUGGCAGCCGCCGCAGGAUCCUGAGCCGAGAUGCCACCGCUGCCACGGCACCAUGGCGAGGGAAAGGGGUCGGGAACGGGAGCCACCAGCUUCACGGAGCCAGCGGGACAGGACGGGGCAGCAGGAGGGCUGGGGGCACGGGGACAGCCCCGCUGCUCAGCCCUGCCAUGGUGCCACCGGCCCUGGGACACCCCGGCAGCCCCAGGACGCCAGCGGAGCCGGGACGAGACCUUUCCCUGGCUCCCACGGGAAUAAAGAUUUGCUCUGGGACUGGGGUGUCUCCGGGGGUUCCUGCGGCUCCCUGGGCUGGGGGCAGCUCGGGGUGGGGGGGGGGGGCUGCAGCCGGGGUCUUCUCCAGCCCCCUCACAUCCCCAGCUCUCCCGCAUCCAGAGCAUCCCGCAGAGCGAUGCCCGCAGCCCGGGUCCUGCUCGAGGGGUCCGGAGGGGUGUGUGUGUCUCCUCCUGGGGUCUGUCCCCUGCCUGCAGCCCAUCAUCACCUUCUCCUUCUCCUCCUCCUCCUCCUCCAGCGCAGGGUGCAGCCGUGGGGCCAGGCAUCCCCAGGGCAGGGGCAGGGGCAGGGCUGUCCGUGGCUCUCCGGUCCCUCGCUGGGCUGGGAGGGGGUCAGGGACGGAUCCUGCCCUCUGUGCACACCAGAGCCCCCUCCUCUCCCUCCCUCCUCACCCCACAGGUGCCCCCCGGCACCCACGUGCAGCCCCAUCCCCAGGACAUGGGUGACACCGGCCGACACCAGGCAGCCUUGAUGUGCUUUAAUAAACCCUGGGGUCCCACAGCCGGCUGCGGGCAGGUCCUGGGGCCGGCCCGGGCAGCGCUCCUGCCUUGGCGAGGGGCGCCGGGAGACCCCCCUAGCACAGUGGGGCCGGCAGACGUGGGGCCAUGUGGAUCCCACGGCGGGGCAUGGAGACAGACCUCCGUGGAGGCAUCACAUCCCCAUGCCCAUGCCCAGGGCUGCCCCUCCCUGCCAGCCCCAGAGCCCUGGGCAGCCCCGCUGCACCCCUGGGACCCCCCCACCCCGGUACUCACAGCACCGUCCCCUCGCGCACGGCCCCGUCCGGGUGCAGCUUCUCCACGAAGGAGCCGUUCCCCAGCCAGUAGAGCAGCGUGAGCUCGGGGAGGCUGCUCACCGCCUCGCACCACACCGUCACGCUCUUGCCUGAGGCCGGACGGGACGCAGGGUCAGAGGGGCUGCCAGGGCAGCUCCAGUGGGGGGUCCUGGCCAAGGGCUGGCCCUGCUUGUGCCACUGGCCCCUCGACAGCCUUGGGGUCCUGGGGGGCUCCCGAGAGGACGAACACUGCCAGCUCUGCCAUCACACUGGGAAGGAGUAGAGGGAGCCCGGGGAAGAGGAGCUGCUCCCCGACAGGAAGCCCAGGGAGUCCAUGGAGGCCAGGGGGCCCACCGGGACAGGUGCUUCCUGCUCGAAGCCUCCGUGUUCUCUGUGGGUUCAAAAGAUCUGUCAAAAGGAGCAAGUCGCUCAUCCCUCGCCUUCGGUCAGUACCCCUGCCCGGCCCCAGGGGCCCGCGGCCCCCCACCAGGACCCCCAGGACCUUCUCUGCCAAGCCGCUUUCCAGCCGCGUGUCCCGGCCUGUGCUGCUGCCUGGCCCUGUUCCUCCCCAGGGGCCGCACUUUGCCCUUGUUGAACUUGAUGAGGUUCCGUUUCUCCAGCCCACCCAGGGCCCCAGACUCCAGCACACCCGCUGGGGCACCAGCCACCGUCACGUGAAGAGUACGAGGCUGACGCGGGGCUGAGGGGGGCCCUCCCGUUGAGUCCCCAGGUUCAGGAAGGAUUCCCUUGCUUUCUCAACUCCUUCUCAGAGAGGAGCCGAGGUGCAGCCAGGUCCAGUCCUAGUCCCAGGCUCAGUCAGCGCUUUAUGUCUAAAGCGUUAUGUGUGUAGCCACUUAGCAGAGUCCACGUUUGCCUGUUGGAGCCCUCUCAAGGACCUUCACUGAGACACUGUCACAAAGUCGAAAAAGUCAGACCCCGUUACUCUCUGCCGGCUCACGCUGACCCUGUCUUCGGCACCCACAAGCCCGGACAAGUCCAGCAUCCCACAUUAUCCACCCUGUGACUGUAGUCACAACUCGCCAAGAGGAACAUCGUAUAAUUUGGAUGUAGGCGGGCUGAGGGAUCCAUCUCUCUCCCGCGUUUUCGUUCUCGUCAUUUUCAAUAGGGGAUGGUAUUAAGGGGACAUAUUAGGAUCACAGCCUUGAAGCAUCCUAACUUGCCUGGUUACAGCUCCAGUUAUCAUAGAUUUCUCCCAUGAUAAUCCAAUACUAACAAUAACAAUCGUUACAAUAAACAUUAAUGCAUACCGGGCUCAACUCUGAAUCCAUCCACUGAUUUCUAAUCAAACCAACUGAAAUCCUUUGAAACCCACCCAGGCCACUGCCAGUCUCCUGGUUUCAUUUACUCGCGGAGCUCAUGCGUCUGGUCCGCAAUUUUUUGCGUCCCAUCCAUAGCUUGGUGCAAGGUAGCGAACACAUUGGGAAUUGACACACAACAGGUUUCAUCAGGAUAGGUGGUAUUCAGCCACCCACAAACGCCGCUCUCCUUCAGUAGUAGUAUAUCCAAUGCCAAUCGACUCUGCAAGUCAUCUGUGAGGUCGCUUGUAGCUGGCUGUUGCUAGCCUCGAUGGGCGUCCACAUCCAAUUAGCAAGAGUCUCUACUUGCCACGUUAGAUUUUCUAUAUACAGUCAGUUGUUAAUUAUGACUGUCCAAUAACCCCAGAAUGCUUUCAUGGCCAAAUUGAUCUUCAUUCCUGGUAUAUGAUAACUUGGCCGUGGCAUGAGGGGUAGUAUGUUUAUCUUUGUUCUGUACCCUCUUGAUUUCAUCAGUGCUUUGGUACAAUCAAAAGCUAUUGUGGGACAUAAAGUCCUAAAGUGCAUUCUAACCCAUCCCAAUAGGGUUGAAUGACACCCCCCCCCCCCCGCCCAGAAUGAGCUGUUCCAUCAUCUUUCCAGGGAUGGAGGUGAGGCCGACUGGUCUCUAGUUUCCUGGGUCCUCCUUCUUGCCCUUUUUGAAGACCAGAGUGACAUUGGCUUUCCUCCAGUCCUCAGGCACCUCUCCUGUUCUCCAUCACCUUUCAAAGAUGACUGAGAGUGGCUUAGCAAGAACAUCGGCCAGCUCCCUGAGCACUCGUGGGGGCAUCCCAUCAGGGCCCAUCGAUUUGUGAAUAUCGAGUUUGCCGAGAUGUCCUCUGACCUGAUCCUCCCCGACCAAGGGGAGGUCUUCCUUUCUCCAGACUUUCUCUCCUGCCUCCAGGGUCUGGGAUUCCUGAGGGCUGGCCUUAGCAGUAAAGGCCAAACCAAAGGCACCAUUCAGUAACUCCCCCUUCUCUGUAUCCUCCAUCACCAGGACACCACCUCAUUCAGCACGGGCCCACAUUUUCCCUUUUGCUGCUGAGGUACUUGAAAGAGCCCUUCUUGUUGUCCUUGACAUCUGUCCUGGUUUCGGCAGGGACAGAGUUAACUUUCUUUCCAGCAGCUGGUGUACUGCUGUGUUUUGGAUUUAGGAUGAGAAUAAUGUUGAUCACACACUGAUGGUUUCAGUUGUUGCCAAGCAGUCAAGGACUUUUUCAGCUUCUCAUAUUGCCCUGCCAACGAGAAGGCGGGGCGCACCCAACAAUCUGGGAGGGGACACGGCCAGGACGGCUGACCCAAACUGGCCAAAGGGAUAGUCCAUCCAUACGACAUCGUGUUCCAUUUGUAGGGGUGGGCUGAGAAGCGUGGCAGCAGGGAGCUUGGCGCAGCAGCUGGGGGUCUCACGUGGCAUUGACUUUGGAGAGAUGGCGCUAGUCUUCCCAAGUCACCAUUCUGCGUGAUGGAGCCCUGCUUUCCUGGAGAUGGCUGAACACCUGCCUGCCAUGGGAAGUGGUGAAGGAAUUCCUUCCCUUGUGUUGCUUGUGCAUGUGGGCUGGGCAGCUGGGGGUCGUGCCUAGCGUCAACUUCAGGUGGUGAGAGAUUGUGCUAGUCAUCACUUGUUCUGUUGUAGUUGUUGUUGCUAUUUUCCUUUUUGUGUUUUUCCUAUUAAACUGUCUUUAU